AUGCAUUGGACCCCUUUCGUAUUAAUCCUGCUGUCUUUGCUACCUGUGGAGGCAGUGAAGUCAUUCCUGUUCAAGAAAUGCAGUGAGUCCGGAUUUUGUUCCAGAAACAGACAUUUUGCAGCUGAGGUCGAGAAGCUGGGAGCGGAGUACGAUUCAAGGUACUCUGUCGAUCUGGAGUCGCUCAAGAUCGACUCCUCAGCGGGAGAUCUGCAUGCCACACUACUGAAAAUGCUCAAUGAUGGAUCUUUCGUGUCAUUGGAUAUGAACAUAAGCGUGCUGGAGGACGACAAUCUGCGGUUACAGAUUGACGAGGCGGAGAGAAAACCCGUUGUCGACCAUGUGACCGCUCGCCGGUUCAACGAGACGGCUAAAUGGGCACUAGCUGACCAACCUCACUUGCAAUCAUUCAGGCAUUCGGUGGACUCUGAGAAAAUCACCCUUGAAUUCCACGAGUACCGUGCCGAGAUUGAGCUCCACCCGUUCAAGAUCACGUUUCUGCGUGACGGAAGAGCUCAAUUGGUCCUUAAUGACCGAAAUCUCUUGAAUAUCGAGCACUACAGAACAAGGGAGCAGGAGAACGCAGAAAAUUCUAUUCACGUGGCUCCAGAGGAGUCUACUUUUGAUGCCUACACAGACAGCUUCAAAGAUUCUAAAGACGACAAGCUGCCGCUGGGCCCAGAAUCUGUUGCCCUGGACGUCUCUUUCCUUGGUGCGAAAGCUGUUUAUGGUAUCCCUGAGCAUGCGGACUCCUUCGCACUGAAAGACACGACCGACACAGAACCUUACAGGCUGUACAAUGUGGAUAUUUUCGAGUACGAAACACAAAGCAAAUACCCAAUGUACGGCUCGAUUCCGUACAUGAUUGGUCUUGGCGAAACAGGAAGCGCUGGCGUAUUCUGGCUCAACAGUGCGGACACCAACAUUGACAUCAAGAAAUCGGAAAGUCAGAUCCAGACCCACUGGAUUUCGGAAAGCGGAAUUUUGGACAUUAUCCUUUUUGCUAAGAAAACCCCGACCGAGGUUGUGCAGUCUUACAGCAAGCUCACGGGCCACUCCGCCCUACCAAACAUUUUCUCUCUUGGAUAUCACCAGUGUCGCUGGAACUAUAAUGACGAGGAGGAUGUUCUGGACAUCACGGCCAAAUUCGACGAGUUUCUGAUUCCGUUUGAUGCCAUAUGGCUGGAUAUCGAGUACACGGACGACAAGAAAUAUUUCACGUGGAAAAAGGAGCUAUUCCCAGACCCUGAGCGCAUGAUGGGCAAACUGGACGAGACAGGACGAACCCUGAUUGUAAUCAUUGACCCCCAUCUCAAAGUUGGCUACGAUGUCAGCGACGCGGUUGUUGACAAGAAACUAGGUAUCCGCAAAAACGACGGCUCGGAGUUGUACCACGGACACUCGUGGCCAGGCGAGUCUGUGUGGAUCGAUGGCAUGAACCCGGCCGCACAGCCGUUUUGGGAUAGCUUAUUUGCCAAUGGGUCGCGCCUGCUAGGGUAUGCUACCAACGCUCAUCUUUGGAACGACAUGAACGAACCGUCGAUUUUCAACGGCCCAGAAACUACUGCUCCUCGGGACCUAAUCCACUACGGUGACUGGGAGCACCGGUCGGUCCACAACGUGUGGGGACUUACUUUCCAUCAGAUGACAUACAAUGCCCUCAUAAAGCGGAACCCUAAACAGCGGCCGUUCAUUUUAACCAGAUCAUUCUAUGCGGGCUCCCAGCGCACCGCUGCCAUGUGGACAGGAGACAACAUGGCCAAAUGGGAAUAUAUGCGUGAGAGCAUUCCAAUGGUGCUCACCAUGAACGCUGUGGGCUUUCCGUUUGCGGGGGCAGACAUCGCCGGAUUUUUUGGCAAUCCGGAUAAAGAAAUGCAGGUCAGAUGGUAUCAAACAGGCAUUUGGUAUCCGUUUUUCCGUGCUCAUGCUCACAUUGACUCUCGCAGACGGGAGCCAUGGGUUGCCGGCGAGCCAUAUACGGGUAUGAUGCGAGACGCGAUCAAACUAAGAUACAGACUGCUGCCAUUGUUCUAUACGCAAUUCUACAAGCAUUCCGUCUCUGGAACUCCCGUGGUGAGUUCUCUCGCAUUUGACAGCCCUGAGAACCCAGACGUGUACGCCAUCGACGACCAGUUCUUUGUUGGGCCGCUGUUGGUGAAGCCUGUCACCAGCCCAGACACACAUUCCGUGAGACUUUACCUGCCAGACGACAAGCCAUACUACGAUUUUGAGUCGUUUGAGAAAAUUAGCGGGAAGGGCUACCAUGAGGUGGAAGCUCCGCUAGAAAAGGUGCCUGUCUUUCUUCGCGGUGGCUCGAUUAUGCCUUCCAAGGAACGGUACAGACGCUCGUCCAGACUGAUGAAAAACGAUCCAUACACGUUGUAUAUUGCUGAAGACGAGGGCAGAGCCACAGGCGAGCUAUAUGUUGACGACGGCGAGACGUUUGCCUAUCGGGAGGGAGAACAGGUAUUUGCCCGGUUUGAGCUGGAAGGAACCAAAAUCACGUCUACCGUUGAGAGUACGUACAACACGGACGUGAGGAUCGAGCGAAUCGUUCUUCUAGGCGGCCCCCGGGCCACGACAGCCACUAUCGAACAGGACGGACAAAAAUGGACAGCUGAAGUUCUCGACCAGGGUACUCACGUAGUAGUGAGAAACCCUAGACCUCUCGUUGCCAAGGACUGGACCAUUUAUCUGAGCUAG